GGAGCCCCCGGCCCUGCGCGCGGCUGCAGAGAGCUGCCCAGCACCCGGCCCGGCCCCCGCCUUAGGGAUGGCAAACUUGCGCCCCGUGGCCGCCCCCGCCAGCGCCGGCCCCCGCUCCUGCUGCUGACGGCGCCCAGGGCAAGGGACAUAGGAUGACCCCAGCCUGUCCCCUCUUACUGUCUGUGAUUCUGUCCCUGCGCCUGGCCGCUGCCUUCGACCCCGCCCCCAGCGCCUGCUCUGCCCUGGCCUCGGGAGUGCUCUACGGAGCCUUCUCGCUGCAGGACCUCUUUCCUACCAUCGCCUCGGGCUGCUCGUGGACCCUGGAGAACCCCGAUCCUACCAAGUACUCCCUCUACCUGCGCUUCAACCGCCAGGAGCAGGUGUGCACCCACUUUGCCCCCCGCCUGCUGCCCCUGGACCACUACCUGGUCAACUUCACGUGCCUGCGAUCCAGCUCUGAGCAGGCGGUGGCCCAGGAAGAGUCAGAGGUGGGGCGGCCGGAGGAGGAGGCGGUGGCGGCAGCAGCAGCAGCGGCGGAUGAGGAGGCUGCGGGGUUGGAGCUGUGUGGAGGCUCGGGCCCCUUUACCUUUCUGCACUUCGACAAGAACUUUGUACAGUUGUGCCUGUCAGCAGAGCCGUCUGAGGCCCCACGCCUGCUGGCGCCCGCCGCCCUGGCCUUCCGCUUUGUGGAGGUCUUGCUCAUCAACAACAACAACUCCAGCCAGUUUACCUGCGGCGUGCUCUGCCGCUGGAGCGAGGAGUGCGGCCGGGCAGCUGGCAGGGCCUGUGGCUUUGCCCAGCCAGGCUGCAGCUGUCCUGGGGAGGCAGGGGUUGGCUCCAGCAGUGGCAGCAGCAGCACCACCACUACCACCACACUGCCGGGUCCUCCUGCCACCUACACCCUGUCCAAUGCCCUGGUGCCCGGGGGCCCCGCCCCACCUGCUGAGGCUGAUCUGCACUCGGGGAGCAGUAAUGACCUGUUCACCACCGAGAUGAGAUACGGUGAGGAGCCAGAAGAGGAACCGAAGGUGAAAACCCAGUGGCCAAGGUCUGCUGAUGAGCCUGGGCUAUACAUGGCACAGACAGGCGACCCAGCAGCUGAGGAGUGGUCCCCGUGGAGCGUGUGUUCCCUGACGUGUGGGCAGGGUCUGCAGGUGCGGACCCGCUCCUGCGUGUCCUCCCCCUAUGGGACCCUGUGCAGCGGGCCCCUGCGGGAGACCCGGCCUUGCAACAAUUCUGCCACCUGCCCAGUGCACGGCGUGUGGGAGGAGUGGGGCUCCUGGAGCCUGUGCUCCCGCAGCUGCGGGCGGGGGUCCCGGAGCCGGAUGCGGACGUGCGUGCCCCCCCAGCACGGCGGCAAGGCCUGCGAGGGUCCCGAGCUGCAGACUAAGCUCUGCAGUAUGGCUGCCUGCCCGGUGGAAGGCCAGUGGCUAGAGUGGGGUCCCUGGGGCCCAUGCUCCGCAUCCUGUGCCAAUGGGACCCAGCAGCGCAGCCGGAGGUGCAGCGUGGCCGGCCCAGCCUGGGCCACCUGCACGGGUGCCCUCACUGACACCCGGGAAUGCAGCAAUCUUGAGUGCCCGGCCAUGGACGGCAAGUGGGGACCGUGGAAUGCAUGGAGCCUAUGCUCCAAGACAUGUGACACAGGUUGGCAGCGUCGCUUCCGCAUGUGCCAGGCCUCAGGUGCGCAGGGCUACCCCUGUGAGGGCACUGGAGAGGAAGUGAAGCCCUGCAGUGAGAAAAGGUGUCCAGCCUUCCACGAGAUGUGCAGGGAUGAGUAUGUGAUGCUGAUGACAUGGAAGAAGGCAGCAGCUGGCGAGAUCAUCUACAACAAGUGUCCACCCAAUGCCUCGGGGUCUGCCAGCCGCCGCUGUUUGCUCAGUGCCCAGGGUGUGGCAUACUGGGGACUGCCCAGCUUUGCCCGCUGCAUCUCCCAUGAGUAUCGCUACCUGUAUCUGUCCCUGCGGGAGCACCUAGCUAAAGGGCAGCGCAUGCUGGCGGGUGAGGGCAUGUCACAGGUGGUACGCAGCCUGCAGGAGCUACUGGCCCGGCGUACCUACUACAGUGGGGACCUGCUCUUCUCUGUGGACAUCCUGAGGAAUGUCACAGACACCUUCAAGAGGGCCACUUAUGUGCCCUCAGCCGAUGAUGUGCAGCGCUUCUUCCAGGUGGUGAGCUUCAUGGUGGAUGCAGAGAACAAGGACAAGUGGGAUGAUGCUCAGCAGGUGUCCCCUGGCUCUGUGCACCUGCUCCGUGUUGUGGAAGAUUUCAUCCAUCUGGUGGGCGAUGCCCUCAAGGCCUUCCAGAGCUCUCUGAUUGUCACCGAUAAUUUGGUAAUCAGCAUUCAACGAGAACCCAUCUCUGCUGUGUCCAGUGACAUCACAUUUCCCAUGCGGGGACGCCGGGGCAUGAAGGACUGGGUGCGGCACUCGGAGGACCGCCUCUUCCUGCCCAAGGAGGUGCUCAGCCUGUCCUCUCCAGGGAAGCCAGCCACAUCCGGGGCAGCGGGCAGCCCUGGCAGGGGCCGGGGCCCUGGAACCGUGCCCCCUGGCCCAGGCCAUUCCCACCAGCGCCUCCUCCCAGCAGACCCUGAUGAGUCAUCCUAUUUUGUGAUCGGUGCUGUGCUUUACCGCACCAUUGGCCUCAUCCUGCCGCCUCCCAGGCCCCCACUGGCUGUCACGUCUCGAGUGAUGACAGUGACGGUGCGGCCCCCCACCCAGCCUCCUGCGGAGCCCCUCAUCACAGUGGAGCUCUCCUACAUCAUCAACGGUACCACGGAUCCUCACUGCGCCAGCUGGGACUACUCCAGAGCAGAUGCCAGCUCCGGGGACUGGGACACCGAGAGCUGCCAGACCCUAGAGACACAGGCAGCCCACACCCGCUGCCAGUGCCAGCACUUGUCUACCUUUGCUGUGCUGGCCCAGCCGCCCAAGGACCUGACCCUGGAGCUGGCAGGCUCCCCCUCCGUGCCCCUGGUGAUCGGCUGUGCAGUGUCCUGCAUGGCCCUGCUCACGCUAUUGGCCAUCUAUGCUGCCUUCUGGAGGUUCAUAAAAUCUGAACGUUCCAUCAUCUUGCUGAACUUCUGCCUGUCCAUCCUGGCAUCCAACAUUCUGAUCCUUGUGGGCCAGUCCCGGGUGCUGAGCAAGGGCGUCUGCACCAUGACGGCCGCCUUCCUACACUUCUUCUUCCUCUCCUCUUUUUGCUGGGUGCUCACUGAGGCCUGGCAGUCCUACCUGGCCGUUAUCGGGCGGAUGCGUACCCGCCUGGUUCGCAAGCGCUUCCUCUGCCUGGGCUGGGGUCUGCCUGCCCUGGUGGUGGCCGUGUCCGUCGGCUUUACCCGCACCAAAGGAUACGGUACAUCCAGCUACUGCUGGCUUUCCCUUGAGGGCGGCCUGCUCUAUGCCUUUGUUGGCCCAGCGGCUGUCAUUGUCCUGGUGAACAUGCUCAUCGGAAUCAUAGUCUUCAACAAGCUCAUGGCACGUGAUGGUAUCUCCGACAAAUCCAAGAAACAGAGGGCCGGGUCGGAGCGGUGCCCCUGGGCCGGCCUGCUCCUCCCCUGCUCAGCGUGUGGAGUGGUCCCCAGCCCCCUGCUCAGCUCAGCCUCGGCCAGGAACGCCAUGGCCUCCCUCUGGAGCUCGUGUGUGGUGCUGCCCUUGCUGGCGCUCACCUGGAUGUCCGCCGUCCUGGCCAUGACGGACCGCCGCUCCGUCCUCUUCCAGGCCCUCUUCGCUGUCUUCAACUCUGCACAGGGCUUUGUCAUCACGGCCGUGCACUGCUUCCUGCGCCGAGAGGUCCAGGAUGUAGUGAAGUGCCAGAUGGGCGCAUGUCGGGCCGAUGAGAGUGAGGACUCCCCUGACUCAUGUAAGAACGGGCAGCUACAGAUCCUGUCAGACUUUGAAAAGGAUGUGGAUCUGGCUUGUCAAACAGUUCUGUUCAAAGAAGUCAACACUUGCAACCCGUCUACCAUCACCGGCACACUCUCCCGCCUGUCCCUGGAUGAGGACGAGGAGCCUAAGUCCUGCCUCGUGGGUCCUGAGGGUGGCCUCAGCUUCUCGCCGCUGCCGGGGAAUAUCCUGAUGCCCAUGGCCGCCUCGCCAGGCCUCGGGGAGCCACCGCCCCCGCAGGAGACCAACCCUGUGUACAUGUGUGGGGAGGGCGGUCUGCGGCCGCUGGACCUCACGUGGCUACGGCCUGCUGAUCCAGGCUCUGAGGGGGACUACAUGGUGCUGCCCCGGCGGACUUUGAGCCUGCAACCUGGUGGUGGCAGUGGCGGUGGUGGCGGCGGGGGUGGCGAGGAUGCCCCCAGAACCCGGCCUGAGGGGACCCCCCGGCGGGCUGCCAAGACCGUGGCUCACACUGAAGGCUACCCCAGUUUCCUGUCUGUGGACCACUCGGGCCUGGGGCUGGGCCCUGCCUAUGGGUCUCUGCAGAACCCCUAUGGGAUGAGCUUCCAACCACCACCAACGCCCAGUGCCCGCCAAGUGCCCGAGCCGGGGGAGCGCAGCCGGACAAUGCCGCGCACCGUGCCUGGAUCCACCAUGAAGCUGGGCUCCCUGGAGCGCAAGAAGUUACGAUAUUCAGACCUGGACUUUGAGAAGGUGAUGCACACGCGGAAACGGCACUCGGAACUCUACCAUGAGCUGAACCAGAAGUUCCACACUUUUGACCGCUACCGCAGUCAGUCCUCAGCCAAGGAGAAGCCCAGCCCCGGGGAGCAUCCAGGCCUGGCCCCACAGCGGCGACAUCAGAGCUGGAGCACCUUUAAAUCCAUGACCUUGGGCUCGCUGCCCCCCAAGCCCCGAGAACGACUAGCCCUGCACCGGGCAGCAGCCUGGGAGCCCACGGAACCGCCAGAUGGCGACUUCCAGACAGAAGUGUGAGUGCCACGCUGGACUGCCCACUGCAUAUAAAUAUAUAUAUCUCUCUAUUUUCACACUCUGCUUUGGAACUGCCUAGGAGCCAGCGCCCCCCUCCCCUCUCCCGGGGGCUGGGCAAGAGGUGCAGAGGACUCAGGUGGGCUGGGGUAGGGGGCAGACACGGCAUGGCUGGGCAGGGGCGGUGGAGGGGAGGCCAGGACCCCUCCAUGUUUAUCAGAGGCACCCCUGCCGCUGGAGCCUGUCUUUGCCCCAGCCUGUCUGUCCCUGUCCCGGGCUGGGGAGGGGGGAGGGAACUUUGUGGGGAAUAAACUUCACUCUAUGGA